ACAUUUGACAGCAUAACAAAGCAACGUGUUUUCAUUGUGAAAUAAACAUCAGCUUCAGGCAGUUGUUAAUAUUAUCGAGAGAAACAAUUUGUAUUUAAAAAAAAGUGCAACAAACCAACAAUGACAGCAAUUAUUGAGAAUAACCUAUUAACAUACAGCGGGAGCAAUUAUUUAAAGCAACGACUUGUACUCGCAACACUCAGUGGUAAAGCGGUUCGGAUAAACAAUAUUCGUAGUGAGCACGAUGCACCGGGACUGCGCGACUACGAAGCUAGUCUCAUUCGAUUACUCGAUAAAAUCACAAAUGGAACCAAAAUUGAGAUAACAGAAAGUGGAACGUCACUUUAUUACCGACCAGGUCUACUUGACGGUGGAAGUGUACAACAUAACUGCAAUGUAGACAGAGGAAUCGGAUAUUACCUUGACGUCCUCAUAGCGUUAGGACCAUUUUGUAAGGUUCCGUUGAAUGCAACGUUAAAGGGUGUUACAAACAGCAGCGAUAGUCCAUCGGUGGACUACAUUAAAUCGUCAGCUUUACAGACAUUGAAGAAAUUUUUGGUCGUCGACGAUGGUCUUGAACUCAAGAUCAAGCAGCGAGGGUUAAAGCCGCUGGGCGGUGGUGAAAUUGUAUUCAAAUGUCCAGUUCGAAAAAAUCUUCGUGCAAUUCAAUUCGAAAAACCUGGAAUGGUGAAACGUAUUCGUGGAACUGUCUACGCAUCAAAGGUGUCACCAGCUUUUGCCAAUAGAACUAUUGAAGCGGCUAAAGGAGUUCUGUUGAAUUUUUUGCCCGACAUUUACUUGUAUUCUGAUCAGACAAAAGGCAAACAGGCUGGUAAUAGUCCCGGAUUCGGUAUCAACUUGGUUGCCGAAACAACAGACGGUGUUUUUUACUCGACCGACGUGGUUUCAAAUGCAGUGUCAUCGGGUCAAGAUCCAUCGAUUCCAGAAGAUCUGGGCGUAGCUGCUGCACAUAAAUUACUCGAAGAAAUAUACCGCGGCGGUUGUGUCGAUUCAAGUUUUCAAUGGCUGGUUGCAUUAUUCAUGGCAUUAGCUCAGAAGGAUGUGUCGAAAUUUCUAGUCGGACCAUUCACUGGCUACACAAUACACUUUUUACAGCAUUUACGUGAAUUUUUCUCAAUCACAUUCAAAUUGGAUAAUCCAAAACGGGAAAUUGAUGAGGAUGAAGACGAUGAUUGCUUGCCGGGAGCAAAGAAAGUGUUAAUGACAUGUAUUGGUAUUGGAUACGUGAAUAUGAAUAAAAGAACAAAUUGAUCGGAUCU